CAGCGUUCAUAUAUACCUUAGUCUUGUCCCAACUUCUCCUCCUAUAUUGUUUUUUCCCUCUACCGUUCCUCAGAAAGAAUGUCCGAAAUUAGGAGAAAGUUGGUCAUCGUCGGUGAUGGUGCUUGUGGAAAGACAUGUCUUUUGAUUGUUUUCUCGAAAGGAACUUUCCCUGAGGUUUACGUACCCACCGUUUUCGAGAACUACGUCGCCGACGUCGAAGUUGACGGCAAACACGUCGAGCUGGCGUUAUGGGAUACGGCAGGACAGGAAGAUUACGAUCGUCUCCGACCUCUGUCAUACCCUGACUCCCACGUCAUCCUCAUCUGCUUUGCUGUUGACAGCCCGGAUUCGUUGGACAACGUACAAGAGAAGUGGAUAUCUGAAGUCAUGCAUUUCUGUGCUGGGCUCCCCAUCAUCCUCGUUGGCUGCAAAAAGGAUUUGAGGCGCGAUCAGAGAGUCAUUGAAGAGCUCAGAAAGACGAGUCAACGGCCUGUAACACCCGAAGAGGGUAUGGCUGUUGCCCAGAAGAUUGGUGCCAAGCACUAUCUCGAGUGCUCCGCCAAAACAGGCGAGGGCGUCCGAGAGGUCUUCCAAUAUGCCACACGGGCAGCACUCCUCAGCCGUUCGAACAAGGGCAAGAAAAGCAAGGGGUGCGCCAUUCUCUAGGGAGAUGGAUCAUAUAAUUAGAGGUGCCUUGAGGAGAGAGGAGAGUGGGGCUGCUUUCAACCUUUCUUUACCUCUGAGCUUUUUACCUUGGAGUUCUGAGCGCUGAUUUCCCUCUCUUUUUAUGACGGAUUGUAUAAUGAUGUUAUAUUGACGAUGCGGUAAUGAUGGCUGAUUUUUGCUACGUUUCCCUCGGCCUCAGUUGUGGACGUCGUUGUCGCUGCGUUUCUUCACGCCACCUCACCUCAUCCCUCUUCUGUCGAAUGUUGGUUCUCAACCUGUUCACUAUCCGCUGUUACAUUGUCGUUUUUCUCUCUCUUCCCCUCUCGCACAUACACAUAGCUCUCCCUUACUUAUUACGUUUGUCACUUUCAACGUCUCCUCCCUGUUACCCCUCACCACGAAUGACAUCCACUUUUCUUUCGUUCCCACUGUCACUUUGCAAGAGGGUUUCGG